CUCAUUCUAAACGGAACUCUUCCUCUGUUUCACUCAUUCUCUGUACUUGGAACUAACAGCACACAGGUGAAGCUGGUGUCUGGAGAAAACUCCAUUCAAGGAAGCCCUGUUAUCCCAGUAUACUGCAGGCCAGUGAUUAAUAGCGCAGGUUACAUUCUCCCUAUCAGGUCCGCGCCACUACAUCGCGGGCACCAUGGCGGAACGCUUUGAUUGCCACUACUGUAGAGCCCCGCUGCAAGGGAAAAAAUAUAUUGAGAAGGAUGGGCACAACACCUGUGUGAAGUGCUUUGACAAAAUAUGUGCCAACACCUGUGCAGAAUGCAGGAAGCCUAUUGGAGUGGAUUCCAAGGAGCUGCAUUAUAAGAACCGAUACUGGCAUGAUAACUGCUUCCGCUGUGCUAAAUGCUAUCAUCCUCUGGCCAAUGAGCAAUUCAUUGCUAAAGACAAUAAAAUCAUGUGUGCCAAGUGCACCACGAGGGAGGACUCCCUGCGCUGCAGUGGCUGCCACAAGCAGAUCCAACCAGGAGGCCGCAAUGUGGAAUACAAGGGAAGUGCCUGGCAUGAAGAAUGCUUUACCUGCAGUAACUGCAAGCAGGCCAUUGGGUCAGGAAGCUUCUUUCCUAAGGGAACCGAUGUCUACUGUGUGACUUGCCAUGAGCAAAAAUUUGCAAAGAAUUGUGUAAAGUGCAACAAUCCCAUCACUUCUGGUGGCAUAACAUACCAGGACCAGCCAUGGCAUGGCGACUGCUUUGUGUGUGAGACCUGCCAUAAGAAGCUUGCUGGGCAGCGUUUCACUGCAGUGGAGGAUCAUUACUAUUGUGUGGAUUGCUACAAAUCCUUUGUGGCUAAGAAGUGUGCUGGAUGUAACAACCCUAUCACAGGGUUUGGAAAAGGAUCCAAUGUUGUCAACUAUGAAGGAAAUUCCUGGCACGAAUAUUGUUUCACUUGCAAGAAGUGCUCUCUUAACCUGGCUAACAAGCGCUUUGUGCGCCAUAAUGAGCAAGUUUACUGUCAAGACUGUGCCAAAAAAAUGUAAAUGGCCUUUGGGAAGCGCCCAGAUGAUUCUCUUUGCUCUUGUGGUUACCAAAUUUAAGGCUUAUUAUACAUUACACAACUUCAAUGUUACUGUUUUGUAGUGUUUUUCUGUGAAUAGAAAUGAAAAUCUGCAUGGCUUUCUUUCUCAUUUCCAUUACAGUGGCUCUAAAUCUUCUAUAUAAAGUAAUAAUGAAUGGCUUUAACUGUACAACCUCAUUUUUAAAAACACAUUUCUAUUGAUUUGCUGCAGUUAUCUCCUGCUUUUCCAUCAGCAUAAAGAAAGAUACCUACCCUGUGUAUGUUAAAUAUAGAUACAUAUAUACACACACAUACACAGAUUUAGUAGGAUUUAUUAAUGAUGCCUGAAAUUAUUGUACUGUAUGUUUGCAAUUGAUAUAUCUGUAUAAUUUGCAUGUAUGCCAUAGUUCUUAACAACAUUAAUAAAAAAAAAUAAAAUAAAUGUCAACCAUGA